CACUGCAAAGUGACUGAUGGCGCUUAUCACGUACUCCGCUCUUUCACAAAGUUUCUGCAAUUCUCAUCGCUCGCCAUGCACGUCCUUCUCAUUUUCAGGCCAUUAACAUUCCCCACGAAUUCGGACUCUUGGACUCGGCAUCGGAACGGAUACCUUACGGCCUAAACUGAGACGAAUGCAGUAUACAAAUCGCAUACGCUAUAGUAUAUACUAAGCUUAUACUCUGUUCCAAUACCCACCGUAGGAUGUGUCUCGCGUCAUUGUUCUACAGUUGAGGGUGCGUCAGCCGGCUUCGCGCGGAACACGUGAAUAGAUCAAUCGACAAGCGCUUGCAAGCCGCGCAAUGCUGUACCGCCCGCCUCGAUGCGCACCGAUUCGCUGGAGGUACCCCAUCAUCAUCGCAUCUCAUUACAAAAUACGAAUCCUUCGAGGAUUAUUCCCCAACAUGGUUUGGACACUAGUCAUGGACGCAACCAGAACAUGAACCGCAGUCGCCUAAUGUCAGUUCUAUUGUAGCCGCGCAAAACACUCAAACCUCACUGCAGCCCCUGUCUUAUAAAAUGUCCCAUGAAGGCAAUUUUAUACCCAGUCUCUCCUAGGAACGUGAAUGUCAGAUAAUGAGCGCCAGCCACCCUCAAUGCAAAGACACCAGAAAUACGCUUAAAACAAGUACUUUCGUAUUACAAGUAGUAUUAGCACAUUAUAAAAAACUAACAAAUAAUUAUAGAGCUGUAAGUUAGCAUAGAAUACUUAUAAUAGUAAGGAAUUGUAUAGUUGACUGCGCAUUUGACGUGGUGACGUAUAUGACGUUCCAACGAUCCAGUGGAGAUGUGCGGAUUUGUGGUGUUCAGCGUCUUGAAGGACCAUGGUACGCUCGUCGCCCUCUGCGAUAAUAAAAAAGAGCAGAGUUCCCACAAGGCUUUCCAUUUCUAUUAACCCUCGCCCACCUCACUGUAAUUAGGUAAUUUAGUUAGCGCAUGUCACUUCAAAACAUCCCACUCCCCGAAUGGGUCAAUCGACCAUUCGGCAUUCCUCCACCAUGGUGGGAGCUCGCGUUCAAAGUUCCAGCGUACCAGGUCUGGGCACAGGAAGGCGGUGUGGCAGAAUUUGCAAGAGCUCAUGGACUUGAGCCAAAUUUCACAGACGACGUGACGGGAAUCCCUUUUGAGAAAUACGUUCUUUUCCGGCAUACUGUCUACAAAAUCCCGGAGGUUAAAGAUCUUGUUGAUAUGAUCCAGGAAGAAUACGAGGAUAAUCGCCCAGAUAUCAACCUACUAUUAAUGGAGGACUCGCUGUAUGAAGAUAGCAAUGGGGAGGGUACACCAGUAAAGGAUAAAGAAUAG